AUGAGUCUCUCCAACUCUCAUAGUACAAAGAAAAAUUGUCUACCUAGCCUCUCGCUGAAUCAGUUGGGUAUUGGAGAUCAUCGCCUGACAUCCGCUGAGGCAGCCACAAUAACAGCAGAUUACGACUUAGUACGGCUUGAGAAGGCCGAAAAGGAUGUUGAAGGCCAGCUCAACCUCAAGCUCGUCAGAUCAUUCGAACGCAUCUCGACCCUCGAAGACGAACUGCACGCAGCCAGAGAAGCAAACAGCAAACUCACAAAACGGAACGCUCUGCUCGAACUCGAAGCCGCUCAGCACAAAGAAGCACUCAAGGGCGGCAUCCUAGUCGAACGCGCAAACGUCCAGCUCGAACUCCAGAGACUCACCCAGCGGGUCACCCUCGAAUCCGAGCGCCGCUCCCAAUCAGAAGCAUCCCUGAGCACGAUCAACCAAGAACUCGAUGACCUGUCCGCCAGUCUGUUCACCGAGGCCAACAGGCUCGUCGCCGCCGAGAAGCUCCAGCGGAUCCAAGCAGAGCGCAAAGUGAGCCAGGUCGAAGAGGCCAUGAAACGCGUCGAAGAACUCAUCCAAGCACGCAGAGACCAGACCAACCAGCUCAGGCUAUCCCUCGAAGCCGCCGAAGCAGAACGCGACCACCAGCACCUCUCUCAGCCCUUCCUCAAACGAUGCUUGGAAGAAGACUCAGAUCCAGCCCUCAGGCUAGACCUCGCCCCCGGACUCAACUUCCUAUCCCGCAGGGCCACGCUCACCGCCUUGCUCGAGGGCAACCUGGUCAUCGAGCCCGUCUGGUCCGAGUCCGGCCAGGCCUCGGAAUUCCAGAGCUGUACCCUAUGUGGCUGCUCACUCGACCCCUGGCUGUCUGCUCGUGCUUCCUCGACCGGAUCAACCCACCACACCCCUAGCAACUCGGCCUCAACCACCGCCUCCGCCAUGCGCAAGAUGCUGCGAGGCGGAGCCUGGAGCUUUGGCGCCGCUAUCGGCAAGCCCAAACGUUCUUCCCAUCCCGUUCAUUCCACCCAACCCGCUCCCGAAAAGUCCGCACUCGCGCCCUCUGUCAGCCUCAAACUCCCGAGCAGCGGCCGUAAUACUCCCAACAGCGAUCACAGCGACUCCCUGCAUAUUCACACCUUCAAGACCGUUGACGGCUCAUCUACGAGAUAUCCGAUCUGUCCCACCUACUGUUUGGCCCGGCUGAGGGCAGUAUGCCACUUUUGGACCUUUGUCCGCUCACUCGAACGUGGCCUCCUACUCGACGAAACCUUCUGGUUCACACAUUACAUCAACCAGCCUCCUCCAAGCAGUCGGUUCACCGAAACACACUCUCUGGGCCUUGCCUACGACCAUGCACUCAAAAGGAUCCGAGGGCAAAACCAUCAGAGUAUUGACUCCUUCGAAGGCUCGCCCCCCUUGACUCAUUCCCUCCAAUCCGCCGUCUUCAACACAGCCGGCAAUACUCCCGAGCCUCCUCCAGAAAACGCCUUCCUCGACACCACUGACAAAACUCCAAAUCUUGAGCAAAGCAGCACGUCAUCGGCCAAAGAAUCUGUGGACGAUCACGCUCCCUGCGAGGAAGCCUUACAACCCAAUCCUGAGUUACACCCCCCUCAAACCCCAGACCCGAUCCGGCCCCCACAGCCGUCCCCAUCGCCCAGCCCCACUUCGACCACCGCACACGACCUCACCCCAGAGGCCAUUCAGGUCGGCCAUCCAGAUCAACCAGAGCCAGCUGGAAUAUCCCUGGCCAUCCGACCAGCCAUCCUCAGCACCGAGGUGCCGAUCUUGUCGCCUGCCCCCUCGCCUGCCGUCCUCAGACGCUCCCCCGGCCGCUCUCUCUCCCAAACCAUCAGCACUUUUCCAUCCUUGAUAUCCAAAGCUCGCGGCACCACCGACGACUCAUCGCCAUCAUCCAACCUCAAGCCAUCCGAUGGAGCCACUGAUGCUACCGAGCAGCUGGAGGAAGCCCGCGACACGCUCGAUCUCGCCCGAUCGGUGCACACCCACCCGGGAGGAGACUCGCACGGAGCCCCCUCGACGCGUCUCCCCCACCCACUCCGCUCCGCGCCCAUGCCGAGCCUCCAGCACUCCCUCCACCAUCAUCUCCACAACCCUUCAUCCUCCCAGUCCAGUAGCAUCGAGAUGAUGGAGCCCGGCUGGGAAGAGAAAUGCUGGCACCAAGUCAUCAAAUUGAAAGAGGAAAUGUUCUUCAAACGCGUCGGACUUACUCUUGUUUCUAAUUAA